AUGAUUUCAGCAAUUUCGUGCGGAUUGACAAUUUUGGGCGCCAUUGGAUUGAGUGGCCUGACUAGCGUCGCUAUUCUUGGUGUGCUUUACGGCUAUUUUUCGGGGGUGUGUACCACAAUGGUGGGCCCACUCGUGGCUGUCCUAGCGCCCAACACCUCUGAGCUUGGCGGGCGGAUGGGGAUCUGUUUCUUUGUUGGUGGAUUUGGAAGUUUGAUUGGAACCCCCAUAUCCGGUGCUCUACUCACCUCUAAUUAUACUUGGUGGAAACCCGCUCUGUUCUCUGGGAUCGCUUCAUUGGCUGGUGCCGUGAUGUAUAGCUCCAUGCGUCUCAUUUACACCAGAAGAAAUCAGUUCUAA